CUGACGUGUGCUUCUAAACUUUAUUCGACGAAAUAUUUGAAUUUUUAUUAAUUGAUACACGCUUGUUUGAACUUUUUAGUCAAUUCGGCCAUAGGGACCAAAGUGCUUCGCCAGUUUUACCAUAAAAACUGCUUUGUGAUUGUUUCAUAUUUUGUUUUUUUGGUUUGGAAUAUUUUAUCAGAUUCGAGAAAUUUUGAAUAUACAAUCUCUUUCAAGAACAAUACAUCGUUCAAUAGUGCACCGAUCUUCCAAAGAUUUAAAAGAUAAUACACGCAGUAAUGAGAGGAUCGCUUCUAGUACUUAGAUAAUACACGACGGCGCGCGCCGUGGAAGCGAAUAUGCGAUAACCGCUCACGUACAAUGUACGAGUGAGCAUCGCCUCGGAGCGAAACCUUUCUCACUUCAAAGUUACAAAUUCUCCGGCGACAUGGAGCCGCUCGAAGAUGCGGAGAUGUACGGAAACACCAAUUACUCGUACGACGACAACGGAACUUUCAAUUCCACGUACGAGAACUGUCCCAACUUGAAUUUGCCCAUUGUGUACAUCGUGACACAAAUUCUGUACGCCCUCGUGUGCGUCGUAGGACUGCUCGGGAACACGCUCGUAAUAUACGUCGUCCUUCGUUACUCCAAGAUGCAGACUGUCACGAACAUGUACAUUGUGAACUUGGCCAUCGCGGACGAGUGCUUCCUAAUUGGAAUACCGUUUCUUCUAGUCACUAUGUCGGUCCGCUCGUGGCCUUUCGGGAGCUUCAUGUGCAAGGCUUACAUGAUAUCCACUGGAAUAAACCAAUUUACCAGCAGCAUUUUCCUCUGCAUCAUGAGCGCAGAUCGAUACAUUGCUGUGUGCCAUCCGAUAGCGGCGCCGCGUCUGCGAACUCCUUUCGUAUCUCGCGUGGUAUCUGCCGCUGCGUGGAUCGCUUCAGCUUUGGUCAUGACACCAAUUUUCAUGUACACGACUCUGAUUGAAUCUGGAAAUGGAUACACAUGUAACAUAGUGUGGCCAGAAAGGGAAUUCAAUAAAGGCCAGACUUCGUUUACUCUCUACUCCUUCGCUCUUGGAUUCGCAGCACCGUUGACGCUGAUUUUCAUCUUCUACUGUCUUGUCAUAAGGAAGUUAAAAACAGUCGGCCCGAAGAAUAAAUCUAAGGAAAAGAAGCGCUCGCAUAGAAAAGUCACAAAGUUGGUGUUGACUGUAAUAGCCGUUUACGUGCUGUGCUGGCUGCCUUACUGGGCUUUCCAAGUCGCCCUGAUAUACUCAUACGAGUGUGCGAGUCGGAUAACUAUAACCGUGUUCCUCGUCGCCGCUUGCUUCAGCUACAGUAACUCGGCCAUGAAUCCCAUUCUGUACGCUUUCUUGUCAGACAAUUUCAAGAAGAGUUUUCUGAAGGCCUGUACUUGUGCUGCGGGGAAGGACGUCAAUGCCACGUUGCAUGUGGAGAAUAGCGUGAUUCCGAGGAAGAAGGGUGGCAGUGCAGCUAGAGCCCAAUCCCGAGCCUUAGCUGAGGCCCGCGGGAUGUCCACUCAGGGGGAACUAGUUGAAGGGUCCCGAUCGGAAGCUUCUACGGCAUUGACUUCUCGUUCGGUAGCUGCGAGCGAGCCGCUCCACAUGGAAACCCGUCCGUCCUCCAUGGCCACUCUCAUAGCCCCCAACGGCUUGACCCACACGCGUCUCUGAGUGCGGGCCUCUCGCCGCAGCCGCGAGCCCGUGACCACAGUGAUAGAUGAGGACACUUUGAUUGUUUCCAUAGAUUAGGAUUACAAAGACUGGUUUAACUGACUAAACUACUUAACACCAAACUUGAGAAUAUCUGACAAUUGCGCUAAAUCAGUAAAUCAGUAAUACGCCUAUCCUAUAUUCAUCAUCAUCGUCAUCAACAUAUCAACCCAUU